AUGGCCAUAGAAAGCCCCAGAGAAGCCAUUAAGGCACCGCCUACGUUAGGCGAGCCUGCGACUGUUACUACAAUCAAGCCCAGGGCGUAUCAACAAGAGAUGCUUGUUGAGAGUUUGCGUCAAAAUACGAUCAUUGCUAUGGAUACUGGUAGUGGAAAGACGCAAAUUGCUGUCCUACGUAUACAAGAGGAACUAUCGAGAUGUCCACCGGAAAAGUUGAUAUGGUUCUUAACACCAACAGUCGCCUUGGCCGAACAACAAUACGCAGUCAUUUCAAAACAACUACCUCUUUACCAAAGCAGACUGUUACUCGGAAGCGACAAUGUGGACCACUGGAGUACACAAAACAUCUGGGAUAAAAUCCUUUUGAAUAUCCGUAUCGUUAUCUCGACACCACAGGUACUGCUGGAUGCAAUGUGCCAUGGCUUUGUGAAGCUUACGGGCUUGUCUUUGUUGGUUUUUGAUGAGGCACACAGAUGUGUCAAGGACAGCCCCUUCAAUGGCAUCAUGCGUCUCUUCCAUCACGCUCGAAGUUCGGGGGUAGAUGAACUACCGGCCAUCCUGGGCUUGACGGCAACACCCGCUACGAAAGCUACUAAGGAGGCAGUCAAAAUAUUGGAAGACAAUUUGCAUGCCAUCUGUAAAACACCAGUCGUUCAACGCGAGGAACUCUUGAAGUAUACGCAUAGACCAGAGCUGUUCGUCGUCACAUACUCGAGACACUUGGAAGAGACUACCCAGACUUUGAAAAGCCUUGAUAUCAUACUGCAGAUGACUCUGGCUGACAUCGAGAACGAUCCUUAUGUCAAAUCUCUGCGUGCGAAGAAAGACGAUGAGAAGAGCCGAGGCAUGCUGCUCAAGAUCUUGGAUAGCGGUAAGACCUUUACAAGGAAAGAGAUUCUGUCUCUCGCGCAACGUGCGCGCGUUAUCCACGAGGAGCUCGGCGCCUGGGCCGCAGAUGUUUUUGUAAAGACAUGCGCCGAGAAGUUCAUUGAAGCGUCUGUAAAGAGAUCCGACAACAAUAUAUUCCGUCAGUGGGAAGACGCCGAAAAGACUUAUAUGAUGCAAUAUCUCUCGAUGAUGCCGGCUAUUGCCGAAACCAGGACAUGGGGAAGUCUUCCUGACAAUACAAGUCAGAAAGUGGAAUUACUUAUAACUACAAUUGCAGAUACGUACAAUACUGGGUACAGGGUCAUUGUUUUUGCCGAACAACGUGCCACGGUCAUUAUGUUGGCACAUAUAUUGAGCGUACAUCCGCUCACUAAAGACAUCGUGACGAAAUAUUUCCUCGGAAACUCAAACUAUGCCAACCGAAAAUCGGCCAUCACAGAGCUCUCCACUUUAUCAGACCAAAAGGAUGUUUUGACCGAGCUCCGAGUUGGAAAAACGAAUGUGCUGAUAGCAACCAAUGUCCUCGAGGAAGGAAUCGACGUGCCUGCUUGCAACAUGGUUAUUUGCUUUGAUCCUCCGAAGGAUCUGCGUUCCUUCAUCCAGCGGAGAGGCAGAGCUCGUGAUAGGCAGUCUAGAUUUGUUUUGUUUAUUGAUCAAAAUGACGAUGAUGGCCUUGCGAAGUGGGCAUCUAUGGAAAAGCAGCUCAAAGAAAUUUACGCAGAUAAUAUGCGUGAGCUUGAAGAGAUCAAGGCUCUUGAAGACAUUGUAGAGGAAAGCGCGGAAAUCUUCAAAAUUCCCUCGACAGAGGCUUUUUUGAACCACCAGAAUGCGCAUUCAUUCCUGGCUCACUUUUGCGCCACGGGCUCAUCCGCUUAUACUACCGAUAAAGCAGAAUACAUCAUCAGCCGACAAGAACUGGCCCUCGGAACCGUACAAAUCACAGCCAAGGUUGUUCUUCCAAGUUACUUAGAUCCAUCCUUGCGUGUUGCCUGUUCAAAGUCCACAUGGAAGACCGAAAAAGCAGCCAAACGGGACGCCGCCUUCCAGGCAUACGUAGCACUCUACGAAGCAGGAAUGGUGGACGAUAACCUCAUGCCUCUUCACCGUAGAAAAUAUGCAGAUUCUAGUAUUCCUCCGCAGGAAAAGCAGGCAAAACUCAUCCAAGUAUCUGAGUGCUGGAACCCUUGGCAUGAUAUAGCUCAGCUGUGGAGAGACGAUCUUCCUCUCAUUCCGACGAAGGUGCAAUUUGAGCAACCGAAUUCGCUGAGUGUACCUGAUAUGACGUUACUAUUGCCGAGUCGGAUUCCGUGUGGAUGGGAGUUUGAGCUUUUCUGGAAUCAGAAUGUUACAUUAAAGGCAAGGAUCAGUAGCCAGAGAGAUAUGAAGUUGGAUUUUGAUACAAAACAAGCGGCGCGGUUCACGCAAGAACUGUUCUUGACUGUUUAUCAGAACAGGAUGAAUUCGUCUGAGGUUGAUUUCCUUACAUUGUUUUGGCCCACGCAGGCUGUCAAAUCACCUGUUGAGGAAUUCCUUGCCUCUGUCAAAGGAAAGAUUGGCCCUUUGACUGUUUCAGUUAACCAAUUGACGAUAGAGCAGAUACAGGAGCUAGGAUUGGCGCGGACUACUGAACGAUACCCACGUCCGUUUAUUAUUAAAAGCAUUGUCGAAACAACAUCAACCGAUGUCGAUCUGCAGGAUCCAGAUACCCCAGCUGAUACUAUUGAGCCCAUCAAACUCGAACCACAUUUCCAGGGGACAACCCUGCCAAAACGAACAGACUUUUUGCACCAGAUCCCCCAAUCUGAACGACUCCCAUUAGCCCAUACGGCUCAGCAACUCGAACCCGUCCGCAUCUGCCAUAUCGAUCGCAUGCCAGCUAAAUUCGCCAAAUUCGCACUGUUCAUCCCUUCAAUCACGCACAAAAUAGAGGUGCUCUAUAUAGCCGAAAGGCUUGCAAGAACGGUGCUCAAGGAAGUCAAAUUUUCAAAUCUAGCUCACGUGCUUACUGCUAUCAGCGCAUCGAGUGCACAUGAAAAAGACGAUUAUCAGCGGUACGAGUUUUUGGGUGAUAGUUUGCUGAAGUUGAUAACGUCCAUUCACUUGGUUGUCAAUAAACCACUUUGGCAUGAAGGGCUUCUAUCCUCUGCAAAGGAUAAGAUUGUAUCAAAUGGCCGGCUAUGUAGAACAGCACUAGAACUUGGAUUGGAUCGAUUUAUACUGACCAAGUCAUUCACCGGACGUAAAUGGCAACCUAGUUACGUCUCGCAAUUCGAGACAGUUCCCGAUGAGAAGCGUGAGCUUUCUACCAAGACAUUGGCCGACGUUGUCGAAUCUUUGCUAGGCGCAGCUUUUCUAGACGGAGGAUAUGAGAAACUAGAAGCAUGCGCCCAAAUCGUCUUGCCGGGACGAGCAUGGAGCUCUAUUAGCGACGACGUGCGCAUAUUGUAUGAAGUAGCCCCUGACUCGAACCAGGCUGCCUUGCACCCUAAAUUGCCGCAAAUGCAGGAAAUGCUAGGCUACAAAUUCAACAAACCCAGCAUCUUAUUCGAAGCAUUGACGCACCCAUGUUCCAACGACGGCGCACUAACAUACCAACGCCUAGAAUUCCUAGGCGACUCUUUGCUCGAUCACUUCGUCGUGCAAGAAUUCUUUAAUCAUCCCGAGAAACUCUCGCAUCAAGAAAUGCACCUAAUGCGCACGGCCGUGGUAAACGCCCAUUUCUUAGGGUUCCUGUGUCAGCGCCUCUACAUUACUGAACAGCGCACCGAAGCCGCCUCGCCCGGCAAAGCACACAUUUCUACCGUCACAACAGACCACAAACUAUAUCUCUGGCAACUAAUGCGCCACGACGCAUCCUGGGAGAUUGUGAACGCGCAACAAGAAACAAAAAAACGCUACGAAGCCUGGGGUUCGGCCGUACAUGACGCUUUGGCUCGAUCAAAGACAUACCCUUGGGCCGCCCUGUUCCGGAUCAAUGCUAGCAAAUUCUUCUCGGAUAUUAUUGAGAGUAUCCUGGCCGCUAUUUUUGUUGAUUCGAAGGGUUCAUUGGAUACCGCUCGCCAGUUUUUGGAGAGGAUUGGUGUACUCCCGUGUCUGAGACGUAUCAUUAGGGAGAAAGUGGAUUGUUUGCAUCCGUUUAAUCAGGUGCGUGAGGCUGCUGGAUCGGAGAAGGUAGAGAUCCUUUCCAGUGCUGAGAAGCGUGUAGUCACGCUGGAGGAUGCGACGGCACCAAGUGUGGAGAGUGAAAUGGUGCAUACAUGUACCAUACGGGUGGCAGAGGAAGAGAUUGUGCGUGUAGAGGAUGGGGUUAAUAAACUUGAAGCAGAAGCAAGGGCGGCUGCGAUGGCGGCGGAGAUUUUGAGGGCCAGGAUGAAGGCUUCUUAG